ACGGAAGGGAAAAGACUUCAGAAAGACUGGCCAAAUGUGCAAUGUUGCAGUGAGUAAACAAUAAAGAAUCGUCACCAUGAAAUUAAUUUUGGUAUUUCUUUUCUGCAUCGCAGCAGCCGAAGAAAUCUUGGAAUAUGAUAAUGAAGCCGAUGAUGAAGAAGUCACAAAUGCUCCUCAAGCCACAAAUGAUACAGACGAGAUAACUGAUCCUCGAGGUAACAGACCUGAAGGUAAUUAUCAUGUGACUGAAAGACGUCAACCAUUAGUCACAAGCGCCAGAAGAUCAAGGUAUCGGACUACCCCAACCCAGGCACAAACAUCUAGACAGGUGAAAGUUGUCAACGACAAAGGAGGCUGCAUCUCUUUCAUCGAAGAUCUGGGAGUACUCUGCCCAAAUGGAUGUGUCCUCAGGACGUCUCUUUUAAAGGAGGAAAGCAACAUGAUACCAGUCGUGCAAAAUUUACAAUUGCAAAUUUCAAAUCUUUCCCUGUCUACAAAUAGAAUUAAUAUCUAUGUGGAAAGAGUGGAAACUGAAAUGAACCAGCGUGAAUCACGACACUUAGGUAACAAUGACAUAGUGAGUUCAUACAACACAGAACUUGAAGAACGUUUUACAUUGGUCAAAGAGUCGGUAUCAACAACACUUCCUUCAUCCAUUCGCCAAAUGCGUUCCCUGGUGGACAGUCUCAAAGAGAAGCUGCAAAAUCUGGAACGGGCAGUAUUGAAACAGAAAGAAUAUUGCGCAGACCCAUGCACAGUUUCCUGCAACAUUCCAGUCGUUUCAGGCAAAGAAUGUAAUGAGAUUUACGAAAAAGGUGGUCAAACAUCUCAGCUUUACUUAAUACAACCGGAUUCCUUCAAGUUACCUUACAAAGUUUAUUGUGAUAUGACAACAGAUGAAGGAGGAUGGACUCUGAUACAAAAUAGACAAGAUGGCAGUGUUGACUUUGGCAGAUCCUGGGAUGACUACAAAAAGGGCUUUGGUAACAUAGCAUUGAAUUCAGCAAAAGGUUACUGUGAUACGCCAGGUGAAUAUUGGCUGGGAAAUGAUCGAAUCAGUGAAUUGACAAAACUGAGACCUACUGCGCUCCUCUUUGAAAUGCAAGACUGGUCGGAAAACCGCGUGAAUGCCCACUAUAAUGCAUUUGUGGUGCAGUCUGAAAUCAGCAAAUAUCGGCUUUCAGUCAAUGGCUAUUCAGGGGUGGCUGGCAAUACACUUAUGGAAGGGACCAAACUGCUCUUUGGCCUAAACCGUUCGAUGACUAUCCAUCAGGACAUGAUGUUCAGUACAUAUGACAGAGACAAUGAUGGAUGGUUACCCAAUGACCCAAGCAAGCAAUGCGCAAGAGAAGAUGGCGGUGGAUGGUGGUACAACAGGUGUCAUUCUUCAAAUCCAAAUGGAAGAUAUUAUUGGAACGGGCACUAUACAAAACAAAUGACAAAUCAUGGCACUGAUGAUGGAAUAGUGUGGAUGGACUGGAAAGGAUCAUGGUAUUCAUUGAAAAAGAUGAGCAUGAAAACGCGCCCAGUGUUCACAAACUCAAAUCCACACAAUGAACAAAUACCUCAAUCGUUGCUCGAAGGUUAAAGAAUGUGGAAGCAAAAAUAAAUAUUGCAUGUA